CGGACCACAUUCUACUUGUUGCUGGAUCAUCUACACAGCUUGCAGCUUUAGAUAGAGAACCGUCAUUGUUCCUGAGUAAAUAAAUAUCAGAACCCGAUGUAUAUCCUCCUUGUCAAGAGAAAAUCUUGAGUUUGUCUCCUCUUCUGAUUCUCUCUACUGGAUUGAAUAAAAUAACCCAGUCAAUAUUUCCUUUUUUCAAUGUUCAUGUAUAAAACUUUAUUUCAGGUGCAACGUGAAGGCUUCUUCUACAUUCAAUCCUCUAGUACAGAGACAUAUGCCAAUGAGGAGCAAAACCCCAACGCCUCUCCGCUUCUCAAAUGGAAAGCAUCAAAAAGCUGAUUCUGAGUAUAGUUGGAGUGAUGUAGGUACUGAGGAGAAGGCGAGGAAUGUCUCCGUCCUCGGUGCCAUCAGAAGGGCAGCUAGGAAAGUCUUUGCUAUUAUUUUCUUAGGACAACGAAAGUUCAAGCCAACAGAAUGUAAAUCUGAUCCUGGAGAGAGCAGCACGUUUGACAGAGAAUCUACAUUAUCAGGCUGGACUGGUUAUUCAUCACCAAGCUCUUUUGGAAGGUCAACAGAAAGAAAGAUUUCAGGUCAAUAUCGUUUUUCUGGUUCAAGAUUUCAAAGUCCUGGGAAAGAUUCUUCUUCUAGCAAAAGUUGGCACCAAGGCCCGGUAAUAUUUUCUUUUGUGGAGCUUCAAAGGGCAACUGCAAAUUUUUCAUCGGUUCAUCAAAUUGGGGAAGGCGGUUUUGGAACUGUUUUUAAGGGAAAGCUUGAUGAUGGAACUAUUGUUGCUAUCAAGCGCGCGAGAAAGAACAACUAUGGCAAAAGCUGGUUGCUAGAGUUCAAGAAUGAAAUAUACACAUUGUCAAAGAUUGAGCAUAUGAAUUUGGUAAAGCUGUAUGGAUUUCUUGAACAUGGAGAUGAAAAGGUUAUUGUUGUUGAAUAUGUUGGCAAUGGAAAUCUACGAGAACAUCUAGAUGGUUUACGGGGUAACCGCCUUGAAAUGGCAGAACGUCUUGAGAUUGCGAUUGAUGUAGCUCAUGCAUUGACCUAUUUGCACACAUAUACUGAGCUUCUCACUGGAAGACGUCCCAUUGAGUUAAAGAGACCACGAAAAGACAGACUCACGGUUAAAUGGGCAUUGAGGAGACUCAAAGAUGAUGAAGCUGUUCUCAUAAUGGAUCCAUUUCUCAAGAGAAACCGAGCCGCCAUUGAAGUGGCUGAGAAAAUGCUGAGACUGGCGAGCGAAUGUCUUGCCCCGACGAGAGCUACACGUCCAGCUAUGAAAGACAUUGCGGAAAAGCUAUGGGCUAUAAGGAGAGAGAUGAAGGAGACGAUGAUAUGUUCCUCUGCCUCUAAUUCUUCCUGUUCUUCAACAACACAUAGCUUCAUUGGUCGUGAUUCAGACAGAUUUGCGUUGCCGAGGAUCGAAGACAACGAGAAUAGCAUUGAGUUACUCUCUCCUUGAUGAUAUCAAUUUGUGAAACAUGUUGCUGCUUCCCUCAUUUGAAGAAAAAUCUUUACUUAGA